AGCGGUGGGCGGGGCGGGGUGCGCGCGCGCCGCGUCUCGCACGGGAUCGCUCUAUCCUUGUUAUUAUGUAUUUUAUUCUGUUUUAACUCUCACUCCAGACGAACGUCUCGCGUCCGAUCCAUACCGUAUUAUUACCGGUGCGGUGCAAAAUCAAACCCAGUUAUGUCAAUAUGAUCAUUAAAAAGUUGUUUAGCUAUCAGCCGAUCGAUGUCGGUUUAGUGAACGAGUGAUCUAUUAGUAUCAUAUUUAUUAAUACAAUUAAUUUUUGAUACCUUUUAGCAAUUAUGUAUAUUAUCAAAUCAUUGAUUAUGCUCCAGUUUUUUAUUGUUACGUUUUUAUUAUACGUUACUGAUGCAGUGCCCAACGUUAAGAGUAACAACGAGCACUGUACCGGGCGCGCCGCGUCCUGCGACGCGAACGCUGGGCCGCGCCGUGCCGUGUGCGGGACGGACGGCCGCACGUACCAGACGCGCUGCCAUCUCCUCAGAGCCCAGUGCUCGGGUGAACCCGUGGCGCUAGCCAGGAAGGGACCAUGUGCUGAGGGCCAAUCAUCCUGCCUGAUUGCGUUGCGCUAUGCCCUGAACGGGCAGGGCGGGCGCCGAGCCAACUUCGUGCCGCGAUGCCGCGCAGACGGCACCUACGCCGCCGUGCAGUGCGCGGCCGCGGGCGCCGGCGCGGCCGCGGGCUGCUGGUGCGUCACGCCCGACGGCAAGCCGCUCCAGGACACCGCGGUCAGGAAUGGGAGACCUGAUUGCACCAAAACUGGUAAAUCGCACACCAGACGUCGGUCAUCGGUCCGAGGCCAGCGGAAUAAAAGAAGUUGUUCCCGAUCAGACCGGGUGUUAUUCAACGCGAAUCUAAUAAAGAUAUUCAGCGUAGAGUAUGAGCGCGCUCGGUCGGGCUCGGGCUCGAUGGAGCCACGCUCCGUGGCCGACUGGAAGUUCGGGGAGCUCGACCGCGACAGGAGCGGGGCCUUGCAGAAGCCCGAGUACAGAGGCCUGAGGAGGCUCAUUAAAAAAUUGGUGAAGCCGAAGCGCUGCGCGCGCGCCUGGGCCCGCGGCUGCGACGGCGACGGGGACGGCGAGAUCGCGGCCGCGGAGUGGGCCGCCUGCCUGCUCGACAACCCGGAGCCGCCCACACCGGAUUACGAGGAUAACGGACCGGAACCGGAACUCGACUAUGGGGAGGAGGAGCCACCGCCGGACCCGAGCGCAGUGUUGCCGGGCAACAUCAGGCACUCAUUUGCGCCCGACGGCUCCGAGUCGGAGGCCCACCGAGAAGAUGAGGCCAACGACUGCCUCACGGACCGACAGGCCGUCCUGGACGAACAGAAAGCGGGCGCGGCGGCCCUUUACGUGCCCGAGUGUACGGGGGACGGGCGAUACGCGCGCGCGCAGUGCUACCGCUCAACCGGGUACUGCUGGUGCGUGCACCAGGACACCGGCAAGCCCAUCCCGGGCUCCUCCGUCAAGGACCUGCGGCCGGACUGCGACGCCGCACCGCACCACGCUAGCCCCAUGAGAGGUACACCUUAUAUAGCUUUAGGUUGUCCUGAACCAAUGAAGUCAAACUUCCUGCGAGACUUGAUGAGAUUUUUGAUUACAAAAAUGACGGCAACCACGAAUGGAACAGGGCCCGGGGAAAUUGUAAAAUGGGGGGCAUCAAAAGAAGAGCAAGCAGCCACAUGGACAUACGUGAUGCUAGACAAGGACAAAAACAAAGCCCUGGAACGACGGGAGUGGAAGUCGUUCCACCAGCUGAUCGCCAACAUGGAGCCGCUGCGGAGGUGCGGCCGCAAGCUGCCGCGCUACUGCGACAUCAACCACGACGCCAAGAUUACUAUAACUGAGUGGAUGGCCUGCUUGGAGGUCACGCAACUACCACUGAGCCAAACGACGGAGCCAGCUAAAGUUUCAAAUCCUAGAAGAAAAGGACCGAACCCACUUGAGUCUAUCCUGAAAGCAGAUGACUAAUCUAAAAAACAGCUAUGGAUUUUGCGGUAAAUAUUGCUAGCGUUGCUUGUGUUUAAAAUAAUAAAAACAAUCGCAAUGUACAGUCACUUAUUUCGCAGCUUAAUUUUUGACAAUGUUGAGAUAGGCAUAAGUAACUACUUUGCCAUUGGAACACGGCGUUGACGUGACCGGGAAAUUAUCGGGCAUGGCACGAAUCCUACAAGCCUUUUCAUCUUACGGUAAUUUUUUUUAAGCACAUAGUACUAGACGUUAGGUGCCAGCGAUGAGAUGAGUAGCACCUUAGCUUAUGUCCUAUAAUAAGAGGCAAUAAUGCCUACUUCACGCCACACUUGCUUGGUGAUAUAAAGAAGAUGACUAGACGAAAAUUUCCCUUUCCGGUUCUAAGGAUGGAGGAUAAAUCAGUAAAAGAAUCUAGACGGACAUACAAAAACAGUGACUUGAGUCAGAUCGUGCCAGUAACAAUGACGGAUGAAACUGUCUUACAAUUGUAACGUAGCUGCUAUAGUUUUUUUACGAUUUUAUACUGUUAAACAUAGUUUCAUGGUAUUUUUUCAUUAUACCUGAAGUAUUAUUUUGUUUUUUAAAUGUAAUAUAAUUUGACUUGAAUAUUUAAAGGUAUUUAGCAUAUGUAUUACUGAAAUCUACCUGUACUGAAAUCACUCUGUACCUACUUGUAUAGUACGAAUAGAGUUAACCUCUAGCCGCCCAUACGUCAAACCUUACCAAGCAAUAUUAAAUUUUAUUUUGUCAACACAAAGUUCAAAUUAGAAUGGAACAGGAGACAUUUUUAUAGGUCUCUGGGCGUCUAGAGGAUAUGAAUGUCCAGAUAUUUCCAAGCACCUUGUCUGCUUCAAUGUAUUGAAAGGUUUUAUAUCCGUUUAUACCCUUUUAAAAAACGCCGCACGCGAAAUUUGCUACGCGCGUAGAGCAAGAUGAUAGAUUAUACUCGUAAGUAUCAAGUAUGCUACCAAGGGUAAUCUGGAUAGGUAAAUUAUAUAACGCCAUAUUAACUAACCUGUAGAUUCCAUGUACAAGGAAUAUGUUAUAAAUGAAGGGAUAAACGUCAUCUGGCACGAAGUAUAGUAUUAGACACAUAAAAUACUGCCACAUUCAUGAUCAUAACAAUUCUACGAAUAAAGUAGAGGCAAUCAAAUCUUGUUCCAGCCAGAUACAAUAAGUGUAUCAAAUAUUAUAGCAUAGGUAUUUAUAUUUAUAUAUCUUUUGACAAAACCUACAUUUACAUCACAAUACAUAGGUGCCUACAUAAAUAGUUAUUAAUAUUAGUAUUUUACUCGUUACAGUUUUCGUACAGUUACGUUUGAAAAUAUAGUUACGGCAGGGGUGCGAAACUCCUCCCCUCGGGCAAACUCGGCUCCGUUCGGCUCAGGAUUGCUCCGAGCAAUAAUUAUGGUUGACGGUUGACAUCCCUUUGCGUGCACCAUAACUGAUAAGAUAAUGGCUUGAAUUUUGACAACCCUGAAUAGCCGAAAGGGAUAGUGCCAUAUAUAAGAAAGGAACAGCAUGAUUCGAACCGCUGUCAAACUUCGGUCUUGUAAGAAGUGUGACAAUAUUUUUAGACGUCACUGUACCCCUAAAUUUAAGAAUGUUUCUUAUUUCUUACGUACACUAGAAUUUACGGAAGAAUAUAGGAAUAUGUGUACAUUUUUGGUGUCUAUUAUAUUAUGCUGGUAACUUUUUUCAUAUGUCAGAAUGUAUAUAAUGCGUAUAUAGGUGUUGUUAGUGAGAUAUUAUCUAAAAUUCAUACUUCCACAAUGGUAACAAUAACUAAGCAUCUACUUAUAUGUACUAAAUUGCUGUAUUUUUUGCAAAUAAAAUAAACUAAGUAUUUAUAAUGUUAAGUAGUCAGUGUUAAAUAUAAGAACUAUGUGAUAUUUUUCUCUGUUAAUAUUAUUCCCGAAUAAAGAGAAUAAUGUAACUACUGGA